AUGCCAGGCAAUAUCAAAGGAUUGGUGGGUUCCUGCCUUGUCAUCCCCUGCACUUUUGACUACUAUAGUAAUCCACCUCGCAGACCAGAUCGUGUGGUUUGGUACCAGUAUGCCAACCAUAAAUAUCCAAUAGUUUAUGACGAUUGGUACCCAUCUGAUGUCAUUGGCAUAUUUUAUGGAAAAACACGAGUAUUUAAUUUCAACAAGAAAUGCAGUCUUCAAAUCUACCCAGUGACGUGGCAUCACCACAGACAGAGGAUUUACCCUUGGGUAGAUCCAGAGAAUAUUGGAAGAUACACCCACCGAUUCUUUGACAAAACUGUCACAAUUGAAGUAGUGAGCUCCUUUUCACCCUUGACUAUCAGCCACACAUCAGAUGAAUUUCUUGAGGGACAGGCAAGCAAAGUAAUCUGCACUGCCUCAUACACAUGCCCAAAACAUAUUCCAACUCUCACAUGGAACUAUGGUACCAUGCCGGCCUCCACUGACACCAGCAAGAGAGGAAAUACUGAGUGGAGGUCUGUCUCCACACUGACAUUUACAGCAUCAGCUAAAGACCAUGGACGAUCUCUGACAUGCUCUGCACAAUUCACUGGGGGACAAAGGCAGGAAAAGAGCAUCACCCUACAGGUAAAGAAUGAGUACAAAUAA